AUGUCUGAGCAAGACUUUAGCAGUACCAAUGACUCGUCAUCCUUGGCUAAACGCAUUCACGAUAAACCCAGCGCACGUUGGCGGAUGAAAAAAAUUAGCUUGGAAGUCCAGACGAGAGGUGACGGUGACGUCGCCACUGUGAUCAGCUACGUACCAAGUGAUUUUUAUCAGAAUUUUAAGCCAUCUACAACGAGGAUCACAUAUUUUUCCAAUAGGCGAGCGAAACGUCGUUCGUGUAAGUGUCAGUUUGAAAUAGUAGACACUCGGUUCAACUACCUUAUUAAUCCAAAAGGCUUUAUUUCUCGCUCUAACGAUUCUGGCACUCCGUUUCGUCUCAGACAAGCUGCAGCUAAGACGGCACCGCUUCUUGGGCAGGCGAAGACUAAAUGCAACUGA